AGUCCGAUCCCCGUCGCCUCCUCUCCCAUUAAUACAUGGCGCCACGCCCGUCUGCUUUCUCUGGCAAGACAAUGACCUGCUGCUCUGGCGAAUCUCCAACCUCGCAACUGCCAAGAACUCGAGGGAUGGUCAUCCACUAACUACAACUCACCCUCAUCAUGGCCUCGUUUCAACUGCUAGACGAGCGGCAGACCGCGCCCUACGAUGUGCCAGAGACACUGCCCGCCGGCAGAGGUGUCCACAUUCUGCGCACGGCCAUUGUCAUGCCCUUCAUCACCUUCAUGUUCAUCUGCAUGAGGUUCUACUCGAAGCUGGUCAUGAAGAAGGUCAAGCUUCGUCUUGAUGACUAUAUUGUGGGCGCGACUUUCCUCUUCAGCAUCGCUCAUGCGGUGCUGAUGGCCAAUGCCACUUACAAUGGCAUGGGCCUCCACAUCUGGCAGUACACGCCAGAUCUCAACGCUCGCUACUACCUAUGGAUCGGUAUUUCGUCUGAAUUCUACGCCAUCUGCCUGAUGGGCUUCAAGAGCUCCCUGAUCCUGCUCUACCUCCAGCUCUUUGGAGACGUCAACCGCAAGUUCCGUUGGUGCUGCUACGCCCUACUGGUCUACACGUGUGGUUACAUCACGUGCAACAUGUUCACCGAGUUCCUCGGUUGCCAGCCCAUUGAGAAGAAGUGGAACCAGUCCGUGCCGGGCCACUGCAUCAACUCCGUUGCCGCCAACAUUGCCUACGGCUUCGGACACAUGUCUAGCGAUCUAAUGAUUGGUAUCUUGCCACUGCCCAUGAUUUGGAAGAUGAGGUUCAAGACCACCAAGGAGAAGAUUGGUCUCAGCUUGGUCUUGACUUGUGGUUUCAUUGCCUGGGCCGUCGCUUGUGUCCGCUGGGCUAUUGGCACGUACAAUAUGCUCAGCUACGAUCGCCCGUGGUGGGCUGGCAUCAGCUUCCUCUUCUCCAUCCUCGAGGUACACACCGGCAUCAUCUGCUGCUGCGUCGCCACCUCGGGCCCUUUCCUAAGGCUCUUCUUCAAGAACAUCAAGACCGUGACAGCCCGCACGGCCGCACGCUACGGCUCCUCGUCCGACGGCUCCGCCAGCCGCACACGCCACUCCAUCUCCGUCGCCAAGUCCGGAGUGCGCCGCCUCUCCCAAGCGGCCAUGCAUCCGGGCUCCAUUGUCCGGGGCCACCUCCACAGCAACUCGAAGAGCAGCCGGCCGAGCAUAUCCGGACCGAUUAUCGAGUACCCCGCCUCGACGACCAUGGGGACGCCGCCGAUGGCCGACGUAUCGCAGAUGCGUGCGCACCGCCAUGCGCCGCCCGCGCCGCCGACGUUCAUGCUGCCUUUAUACGGCACGGACACGCGGACAAGCGGGGACACGUCGAUACGGUCGCACAGCGACUUCACAGACAGUUUCGGUGUACCCGGCGGGUUCUUCUCGCCAACCAUGGACGGUGUUGGGCCGCACGAUGCCACCAGCAUGAGCGCAUACGGAAGAAGUGGUAGUGGAGAAAGGGACAAGAAGAGAAUGAGCGACGAGGAGAAUUUGUUGAGGAUAGCGUGAUUUAGCGGUUCAAACUGAAAUUUCCCUUUCUUCCUAUGAAUUAUCACUUGCAACUCAAAGUGAAUCCACAUGCCAGGAAGUCCUGUCGAAGCCGGCGUUCCAUGCGUGCGGACAAUUCUCCCAAGGAAGACUUUUACUCUCGUCCAUUUUCGUUCGGCUUUGAUUCCUAGUUCUAUAACCUUGUAUAGCGCGUACAUAUACCCCCGAAUCAAUCAGUUGAAACUUUACAACAGCUUGGCUCUUCCU